GGCGACUUGACUACAUAAUUUUGAUCGUCAUGUCAUAAGACAUCGAGGGUCAAGAACUUAAGCGUUCAGUGAGUUUUCAGAGGUUUUCAGUACUAUGCAUACUGGCCUUGAAUUCAACUUCCGCGACUCCAUAGACGCGCGCUCUCCGUGUUGGUUCUUAGUUGGAGUUAUCCAAGACUCCAAGCUACUUCUUCAACAAUGGCCUCAAUUCUUCGGUUGUACAAUGCCGCUCUCAUCCGAAGACCCAUGCUCGCACAGUCUGCCACAGCCGCCUUCUUAUUUGGCGCAGGCGAUGUGAUCGCCCAGCAAGUCAUCGAGCGCCAGGGGAAGAAUCAUGAUUUCAUGCGUACUGCGCGCCUCACUUUUUAUGGGGGAGCGUUCUUUGGGCCAGCCUUGACAAAAUGGUACCAGCUUCUCAACCAGAUCAAGUUCUCUACUCCUACGAAGGCUGUGAUAUAUCGUGUUUGGCUGGACCAAGCGAUCCUUACUCCUGUGGCUGUCGGGUUCUUUUUUGGCACAAUGAGUAUCAUGGAAGGAAAGGGUAUUUCUGGCGCACAGGACCGCAUUAGUACUGCGUACACACCAACGUUAAUCCGUAACUGGGGAGUCUUUAUUCCCACCCAAAUCAUCAACUUCGCUAUCGUGCCACAUCACCUUCGUUUUGUUGUCGUUAGCGUUGUCAGCUUGUUUUGGAACACGUACCUCAGUGCCAUCAAUGCCAGUUCGCAGCAACAUGAAGCAAUCGAAUUAGUCAAAGGCUCCGAGAAGUAGCAUGAUCUUAACUCGUGGUGCGCCUCCCACCAGCAUGUGUAUAUCAACUAGACCAUCAGCAUCCUGAAAUAUAAUUACCAUCCCACGUGGAGACCGUAUGAUUUCAUUGCCGAGCAUUUACGAUGCCAAGUGAAGUCUAAGGUGGACAAGUAUCGUCGUGAAUGGCUUGAGCAUCGAUACUGCACGCACACAUACUAAUAUUAUUCCC